AUGAACAUAUGUCUUCCGCUUGGAAUCGCGCUUUUUCAGGCACAGAAUAUGCAGCUCUUCAGUCUAUUUUGGGGACAAAAGCACCUCGUUUGGCUACGCUCUAAAGAUCUCGGGUCAGCAAACACUUCGAAACAUGAGGAAACGUCAUGCCCUCCGAGCAAUAUCAUCCUCCGAUGCUGGUACAAGUGGCGGGAUGUCUGCAUCUUAAGAAAAACUUAUAUAGUUAUUGCUAUCGGUACUGCUCUACAGCUCGUUGUGGCUUUGACCAUUUUUCUUAUCUCAAGACGUUUUCAUCCCGGAUUUAGACUUGUGGGGAAACCGGUUUCUCGCUUUCAAUGUAGAGCUGGAUGGGAAUGGUUUCACUCAGGCAUCUGGCAGGCGGUUUGGACAUAUGGCUACGGCCCCUUUAUCCUCUUCAAGAUUAGAAAGAUCCAAGAUACCCAUAGAUGGCGGCUACAGACAACCUUGGCCAUACUUUUCAGUCUGCCUGCUUUGCCAUUGUGGCUUUCGACUUGGUUUAUGCCGAACUUCUAUAUUAUGAAUUCCCACUGGCCUCCUAAUCUAUGGUUCGUGCCCGGACUUGGAGCGAUGGAAUUUGUGAUAUUGUUUUUUCCGAUCAUUGAGAUAUGGGAGUUUGAGAAACGCCAGCGAAAAGCACGUGAAGAGCCUGGCCACACAAAGUUCAGCAAGUACAGCAUAGCAGCAUUGGAGCGGGCAUUACAUCAUGACAUUGACCGCUUGGAGGAAUUCGCUGCGACCAAGGACUUUACUGGGGAAAACAUCAUUUUUCUCAAGCGCGUUGAGGGCUGGAAAGAGAAGUGGAGGUUGUCGGAGAUCGAGGCAGGUGGCGGGGAAUUGACACCACCGGUUCUUCGCUCACUAUACGAUACUGCUGAGCAUAUAUUCAACGCUCUUAUUCACCGAGAAUCCUCUGCUUUUCCGUUGAACAUUGAAGAAGAUGUCUAUCUUCCCUUGAGCAGAGUCUUCGGUGAAUCUGACUAUAGAUCUCAGAGAUGUCUCUCCAUGCAUAAGUUCCCUUCCGUUUCAAAGGCAAUAGCUCCGUUUGCAGACGAGAUUCUCACAAGCGCAAGAAGAACGCCCGAAAACAAGGGAUUUCGGAAAAUCGAAGGUUCGCGAGAGCCCGAGAAGCCCGAAUACAAUGAUGAGAGGCCACCAACACCCCCACGGAAAAAUUCAGUCCUAAUCGUACCGCCUGAGCCACCAAUGAGUUUUGAUAUCCGCGUCUUUGAUAGAGCGGAGAUCGCAGUUAAGCAAAUGGUUUUGACAAAUACUUGGAUUCGUUAUGUAGAUUCGCUACCUCCCUCUGAGCGUUCUUUGAUAGGCGUGGGACCUACGAUUUCACCACCAAUAAGUUGGAGAUGGAAAAAUUAUUUCUGGAAAAAAGAUUCGGAAGGAUUAUAA